CUCCCAUCUGUCCUCCACACCCUCCCAAUAAAUGCUUUUUCCUUCCCACUAACACAUUUAAAUAUUCUUUCUCAAUUCUCAUCAUCACACACAUAACCUGCACUACAACAAAAAGAAAAAUCUCAUUUCAUUUCAACUUGAAAACACAAACAUGAAACUUACAAUCACUUUUCUCAUGUUCACUCUACUUCUCAUAGCAUCACAUUCACCUUCUUUUGCUUCCACCCCUAAUCAUGUGAAACACUCCAAGAACAAAAACAACAACCAAGGUGGUGGUGGUGGUGAUAUAGGUGGUAAUCCAGGUGGGUUCUUUGGGCCUGGAGGAGGGUUCAGCAUACCCGGUUUCGGGAACGGAAACGGGUUUGGAAAUGGCAUCAUAGGAGGAGGAUAUGGAUCCGGGUAUGGAGGCCCAAGUGGAGGGUCCUCAAGAGGUGGUGUCAUAAGACCAACCGUUGUGUGCAAAGAUAGAGGCCCUUGUUACCAAAAGAAGCUCACAUGUCCCGCCAAGUGCUUCUCCUCUUUCAGCCGCUCCGGCAAGGGCUACGGUGCUGGUGGCGGUGGCGGUGGCUGCACCAUUGAUUGCAAGAAGAAUUGCAUCGCUUAUUGUUAAGGGUAACACUUGUUAUCAUCAUUAUCGCUAGUACUAUACUAUUAUUAUGUAUGCAAACUUAUUAGAUAAAUAAACGCUAAUUAGAUACAUCUCUAUGUAGGUGGUGGUUUCUUUUCAUUAUUAUGUCUAUGGAUGAAAAAAUAUAUAUAUAUAUAUAUAUAUUAUGAGACAGUGCUUGGUGGGUGAGAGGAGUGGAGUGUUGUUAUGGACUCAUGUAAUUUUGCUUACUAUAUAUUAUAUGAAGAUAGUUUAUUAUUAUUUAUUAA